GCGCACUUGAGAGUCUCGAGUAUACCUGAGCAUACCUAAUUUUCUUUCCUUCACUUUGCAUUCACUUUGCAUCGUGACUGCAGUGGAUGGUGCAUUUUGACACUUUGAUCUGCGCGAGUGCUCUGUUUGCCUGCGCGUGACAUUCCAGUGAGUGACGCGUUUCGACUUUCGUUGGUUUGUUUCGUGUGGGAAUACUCACGUAGGCUAGUGACGUGUUUCCUCGACACGGUCUACAGUAUUCGUACAUAUCCAACGAUAUCCUAACAAGUAUGACGCACUCUCAUGCCGCAUGCAUUAUAGUCCAUCACUGAAGAGCAGUGUAGAAAGUGAUUGCAUCCACAUAAUCGAUUCAGCCCUUCUGAAAGCAAUUCGAACGAACGCGUGCGCGAUUCGCAAGUGGAAAACCUGCAUUUCUUGUAUUUAUUGAUAUCGACGGCUUAAGCCGUCACAGGUAUAUUUGGAGGUUAACCUCGAAGGCUCGAAAGAUACUAGUAUCGCUGAAGAGGUUCAAUUGAUAUAUUAGCAUCGAUAGAAUGCAUCUCGAAGGACACAAGUGAUCAGACAGGUUUUGGAGCAACGAAGCAUAAAUAAGAACCACGAUGCCAGAUAGCGAAGCGGUCUAUCAACCUACAACUGUAGGGUAUUCCUACGAUACGAGUGGCGAUGGCACUAGGGAGCGAAGUCGCCUCGGAGCAGGUUUUCUUAACAUUAUGUCCAGGCACAAGAUCAGUGCCAGUAAAUGGUGCGAAUGGGUCCUGCUCUCCGUUACAUUGGCGGCGCUUCUUACAGGAUUCGUUACUAUGAUGAUAUUUUUAACAUCCUCGGGAGAGGCUCGUCCUGCCAAUGCUACAUUGGUAAACGACGGAGGUCAAGGUUCCGAUAGUGAAAAGCCUGGGACAAUUGAGAUGGAAGGACGAUCCACUGGAGUGGGUUCGAUGACAGUGGCCAAGACGAUGUUUUUGGUUGCGGUUUUAACAGGAGCAGGUUGGGCUUGGCUACGAUUCUUCCGUCGUAGGAAAUCCCAACGAGGUGGCAUGUCUGGUGGUGGUGGUCAGAUGUUGGGCGGUUUGAAUCCAUCCACUGACUUGCUGGUGGGUUCCGCUUCGCAGUACGGGCCGGUACUUACGGAGCUGCCCAGCCAGCCAAAGCAGAAACAACCCGACGACGCCAACGAGACUCCAGCUGCUCCACUUUCUGACCAGGAAGAGGAGACUCGAACUCUUAUGCAGGAUAAUACCAUGCCAGCUUUGGCGCCUGGUGCUCCAAAAACCACCGAUCAAAUACCAGGAUGAGUACGAAAGAUCCCUCGGUUUCUUUGUAAGAACCUCACGGAAGGAUGGACUCUUGCUUUCUCUUCCUCUCUUCAUUAAAUUCUUCUAAAACGAAGAAGUCGCCCCAUCCUGAGAUCUUCGUAUUCGCCUUUUUUACUAGCUCGUUAUUUUCCUCUCCUCGUGAGUGCUUCCAUCAAUUCCAUUGAACUUUAACUCUUAAAGAUUAUGCUACACGGAAAUCUAUAUUUAAUCAGCUGCUCACGGUCUAAAGACAGGGAAGGUUACUUGUGGUACAUAUAUAUAAUAAUUUAUAAUUGCAAUUUAUAUACAUAAUUUUUUAUAUUUAUAUAAUUGUAAUUAAUUACGUAUGCAUGGGACUUACUUAGAAGUAAUGCUUUAAAGUGGCAAAUUAUUGAAAUUGAACAGCAAGGUUGGUAUAGCAGCUCUUUUGGCAACAUUUCGUUCUUUUGAUAUCAUUCGUAACAAUGCAGUUAUCUAGUUCAUAUCAUUGGAACGUCAAUGUAUUCUUUUUCCGUGUAGCUCUGCAUUUCUCUGCAAGUCACUUCAACAGGCUAAUGUAUAUGCACCCCCCUCGCAGGGUUUGGAAAUAACGUGCUCCGAGUAACGGCAUUUUCCGCUGCGUCACCUUAACUGACGUACAGCGUAGUUCUUUUUAUAAAAUGUGUAACUCCGUUGGCAGACAUUGUGUCUAAGUCAAAGAAAUUAUGCCAUAAGUUUUAUCUUUGCAUCUGAACAUUUAUUUCUUUAUGUUGCUUGAUUUUAAUUUUUUUUAUCAUAUCACAGAUCGGUUAAGUUAAAGUUGUUCGAAUGAUGCUGUGGUUUCAUACGAGAUCUCAAUGGAAACAACAAUCACUUUUCUAUUAUCAUUCCGUGCGAAUAUGCUCUUUCCACGUUAAGACUGCAUGUGAUUGGAUUUAUUUGUUUUAGUGUAAAAAAAAAAAAAGAAAUUUUGGGUAUGACUAAUCAUGGUAGUUCUUUUCCGAUGAUCAUUCUCACUCGUUUAAAGAAAUUUUGUACCUUCAAAGUGAGUUUUUAUAUUUUAUUCUUGGUGGGGAAAAAUAAGAAUGAUGGUUUUUAAUAGUAAUUGCUCCAAACCCUGCUAAGCCUUUCAUAUGCAAUGCCUAGCAUAGUGCUCAGGGAUGGGCAGCAUUAUUUACCUUCACUGUUUAAUUAACAUAAUUAUUGAGGAAAUACCUGUAGAGACUUUCGAUGAAGUACUGUGUAAUCGGUAAUUACAUGCAUCCCUUGUAAGUAGUAUCACUCUUGACUACUAAUUACAGUUGCAUCGGUUUAGAAGCAGUAGCGCAAAAGUGCCCAUCCUGGUGGCGGUAGUGUCGGAGCUGACUUAUGAACCCAAUCAUGUAUUUCUUCGUUCCUGCAAUUAAUGCCCGAACAUUUUUGUUCUGACGAACUUGUGUGUAUAAUUUACACUCCGUCCAUUUACAAGUCGGUAGAUUUCAUUGCGUCGUGGACAUCGACGUGUUGAUCUUGUAUCUAGGAAAUAGCAUCAGUAGGUAAUGAGUUUAUGUAUUACGUUCGACUUUAUGUAUCGUUUUAUGUAAGCCAUGUCGUGAAUGAGAAAAUAAACGACUUGACGACUGA